AUGUUUGAUACAACAACCGUUCAACGCCGAGGGCUGUUUGGCAAAGUGUACAAUAGCAUUUUUGGACCGUCGCCCAGUCCACUGAACACCCAAACUCCAAUUGAGGAUCAUGACCCUGUGACCGAGUACAACACCUCUUUGAAUAGUGAGGGACGAUAUUUAAGCCGAGACGACGACCUAGCCAUUGAUGACGAAUUGGAUGAUACCAGAAGCCGCCGAAGCUCUGAGAUUGCGCCUCCUAUGACACCGUCACGUUUGGAUGACGACUGGAAGAUCAACGACACUUUAGAAAGAAUAAGGAUGAGCCGCGAACGAUGGCAGCGGAACGACCAUGUUCCUGGCGAGUUUCCUGAGCCUGCUCCAGAACACGUUCAAGGUGGACUUGCGGAGCACAUAGAACGGAACAAUCAAAUCAUCAGCAAAUUGAUGAGCGACUUUGAUUUGGUCGCGGAAAAUGUUGAGUUGCAGCAGCUCCGGACAGAAAAUGCAGAGCUAGCUCAAAAAUACAAGGCUUUACGCGAGGAGUUCAAACGCGAGCUCGACGCCAACAAGGAAAUAUUCGACGGGUACUACGAUCUUUACACUAAAUACAACAAAAUAAAGACUGAGCUCUCCAAGCUGAAGAAAGAUGCUAGUGAUCGGAUCGGCGAUCUGGAGCUCGAAAACCAGAGACUCAAGGUGGAAGCGCGUUCCAGACGGGUCACAUCAGACGAUCAGAACCUUUACUACAAAAGCCAGUACGAAGAGAUUAAAAAGGAGCUGCAAAAAAAGAUCCAAGACGAGAAGGCCAGUCAGCAGCGAAUACGAGAUCUGGAACUGCAACUACAUGAGCGAUCUCUGGCUAAGGCUAGGGGUGUGUCUUCGAACACGCUGGACCAAGACUCCAUCCAGCUGCUACACAAAUUAUAUGCCGAUAAGGAGGUUCCCAAUACCAGCAUCGACUCUUGGAUUAGCAAACCGCGUAUCAAGCACGCAAUCUAG